GAAUCACUGCGAGAGCGUGCAUGUGUUCUGCAUGAGAACGUUUUUCGAUUGGGCGAAUUUUAUCUUAAAUCUGGACAGAUGACCCCUAUUUACAUUGACCUCCGUCGACUUAUGAGCCAACCCAGAACGCUGCGCCUGACGGCACAAGUUCUUUGUGACAUUAUCAAUGCAAAGGACCUCAAAUACGAUUACAUUGUAGGAGUUCCAUACGCUGCUCUUCCGUUAGCUACGCAUGUUAGUGAUAUUCUUGAUGUACCAAUGCUUAUGAAAAGGAAGGAGGUCAAAUCUUACGGAACGAGUAAGCUCAUCGAGGGCAUUUAUACUUCGGGUGGCACGGCACUUCUCAUUGAGGAUACGGUUACGUCGGGGGAGUCAAUUCGUGAAACGGCGGAAGCUCUCCGCAAUGAGGGAUUGAAGGUUACGGAUGCAGUAGCUGUAGUGGACAGACAGCAGGGCGCUAUUGAAGAACUUACAUGCGCCGAAAUCAGUUUUCAUAGUGCCUUGACAAUGGAGCAAAUUCUGGAUGGAUUGGUAUCAAAAAAGGAUAUAACCGCUGAAAAGAAGCAUGAGAUUAUUGAGCAUUUGAAGAAGCCAUUUCAAAGACGAUUGUGA